GUCGAUGUAUUCAUAAAAAAAAAAGCUUCGGCUGUAGUUUUUCUGCUUCUCCAUUGCAGGAACCCUAGGAGGUCGAUCCUAUACAAGGUAAGAAGAUGGCUGCUCCGCAAGCUAAGAGCGGAUUGUUCGUCGGAUUGAACAAGGGACACGUCGUCACCAGACGCGAGUUGGCUCCUCGCCCCUCUUCUCGCAAAGGGAAAACGAGCAAGAGGACCCUUUUUAUCAGAUCUCUCAUUAGAGAAGUCGCUGGCUUUGCUCCGUACGAGAAGAGAAUUACCGAGCUCUUGAAAGUGGGUAAAGACAAGCGUGCUCUUAAGGUUGCCAAGAGAAAGCUGGGUACUCACAAGAGAGCCAAGAGGAAGAGAGAGGAGAUGUCAAAUGUUCUCCGCAAGAUGAGGGCUGGUGGCGGUGUAUCCGACAAGAAGAAGUAAACACCUUAGUUGCUAUUUUCAAGGAUUGUUACGUACAACUCUGUUUUCUUGUCUUUCAAAUCAAUGACAAGCAACACUUGUGUUGUUCCAUGUAUGGAUUUACGUUGGCUCUGUUUUGUCCGAGUCAACGUAGUUUCCCACCUUGAAAUUGAAAUCUGAUUUUGGUAGAAAAUUCCAUAAAAAUA